GCGCGCUCUCGCCAUAAGCAGCUCGUUAAGGCAAGCGCUAAGUUUUCUCAUGCCUGGUAAAGGGUCGAGUAUAGAGGUGAAGUAAGAAAUUUCCAAGUAGAAAAAAAUCAUGGCGGCCAGGGGUAAAAGCGAGUCAAGCUUGUUUUCGCUAUACUGUCUGACAAAAUGCUUUCAAAAAGCAGUAACGUCAACCUCGGCAGAGAAGGGUCCGGAGCCAGAAGAAAUGCACGGCAACGGUUUGUCAGAUUCAAAGAAAGCUGCAAAGAAGAAACCUGGAGGAUGGAAAUCCAUGCCUUUCAUCUUAGGAAAUGAAACAUUUGAGAGGUUAGCAACGUUUGGAUUGGUAGCCAAUUUUACAGUAUAUUUGGUGAACGAGCUUUUCCUUGAGCAAGUUGUGGCUGUAAACAUUAUGAAUAUCUGGACGGGUAUUACCCAUUUUGCACCUUUACUUGGUGCUUUCAUCUCCGAUGCCUAUGUUGGCAGAUUUAAGACUAUUGCUUUUUCCUCCUUUGCAUCUCUACUGGGAAUGAUGAUAGUGACGUUAACUGCAUGGCUUCCACAACUGCAUCCUCCGAAGUGCAACGCCAAACAACAAUCUCUUAUUCGAUGCAAAAGCGCUAGCAAAGCUCAACUGGGUGUUCUCCUAAUGGGUCUUGGCUUUAUAUCAAUUGGCUCCGGUGGAAUCAGGCCAUGUAGUAUCCCAUUUGGUGUUGAUCAGUUUGAUCCAACAACUGAAAAAGGUGUUAAAGGAAUUACCAGCUUCUAUAAUUGGUAUUACACUACGUUUACUGCGGUGAUUUUGGUCUCUUUAACUGUGGUGGUUUAUAUUCAAACCUCGGUGAGUUGGGUGUUGGGAUUUGGAAUUCCGACUAUACUCAUGGCGUGUUCAAUCGUUCUAUUUUUCACUGGAACCAAACUUUAUGUGUACGUUGAACCAGAGGGCAGCGUCUUUUCGGGCAUUGCACAAGUGUUUGUUUCAGCUUAUAGCAAACGAAAACUUAAGGUUCAAGAUGAAGAGUUUAAUGGGGUUCAUUUCUACGAUCCUCCAUUGAAAGCCACUCUUUUGUCAAAGCUACCUCUCACCAACCAGUUCAGAUUCCUAAACAAAGCCGCUAUCAUAGUGGACGAUAAGGAACUUGACACUGAUGGAUCUCCCACUAAUCCAUGGAGGCUCUGCAGCAUCCAACAAGUAGAAGAAGUGAAGUGUGUAAUAAAGAUCAUUCCCGUUUGGGCUUCAGGAAUUCUUUGCUUCGUUUCCUUUACACAAGAAAAAACUUACACAGUGCUACAAGCCUUGACAAUGAACAGACACCUCGGACCCAGAUUUCAAAUUCCAGCAGGCUCUAUCUCAGCCAUAUCCUUGCUCACUAUAGCCGUUUGGCUCCCAAUCUAUGACCGCCUAAUAGUUCCAUCUGUCCGAAAAGUCACCAAACACGAUGGCGGCAUCACUCUUCUGCAAAGAAUAGGAAUUGGGGUCGUAUUUUCAAUUCUAUCAAUGGCAGUUGCAGGACUGAUAGAAAAAGAGAGAAGGGCUGUAGCCAAUUCGCAUCCAAACCCACUUGGCGUUGCUCCCAUGUCUGUUUUGUGGCUAGCUCCUCAGCUUAUACUAAUGGGGUUCUGUGAAGCAUUCAGUAUAAUCGGACAGAUUGAAUUCUUCAAUCAACAGUUCCCAGACCACAUGAGAAGCAUAGCCAAUUCUCUUAUUUCUUGUUCCUUUGGAGUCGCAAGUUACUUGAGUAGCUUGCUGGUCAACAUAGUGCAUUCAACCACAGGAAGCCAUAGCCACCCGAAUUGGUUGACAAAUGACAUCAAUGGUGGGCGAUUAGAUUAUUUCUACUAUCUUAUUGCCGGGAUGGGAGUCGUUAACUUCAUCUAUUUUCUUUACAUUGCAUGUCGUUAUCGUUACAAGGCUAGUGUCCAAGUAGAAGAUCGGAAAACCUUCAAUGAUCUUGAGUUGGUUCAAUCCAACCACGAAGCAAAAGAAGUUUAAUAUUAAAUAAUGUAGCUUGCAGCUAGUAAUAAUGCAUGGAGAUGUUGGAGAAGAAUUAAAUAGGAUAGUAUUUAUUUCAGUCAUUAUGUAUUUAUUUUAGCUCUCCUGUGAGACGUUGAAUAAGAGAUGUACAUAUAUUUAAAAAAUAGACACAGCAACUAGCUCUCUACUGCAUCAUAAAAGGAAUACUCUUCAGAAUUAAAGCCUAUAUUAAGUAAAAUUCGAGUUUGUGGUGCUGAAGGGAUUAGAGCAUGUUAUUUU